GAAUUAUUCUCGUAAUUAAUCCGCUUUAGCUGUCAGUCGACAACGGAAUAACAAAUGCUAGUGUAAAGCGCAAAGACUCCAGUCUCACUUAAAAUAGAAGAAACAAGACCGUGAUCAGAAAAGAUGAGGUUGGUAAUCCUUUUUCCAUUCCUAUUAUCUCAAGUAAAUUGCUGCCAACAUUUCUGGAACCAAUGGGGAAACUUCUCUUGUAUAGCGCCAAUAUACAGAUGUCAUAGAAUAAAUGAUUUUUAUAUUAUAAACGGUACAGAAAUGGUACUUCAUUGGAGUCAUUCGAAAAUUAAUUCUUGUAUAUCGAACGCUGAUCGGUGCCAUAUAUCCAAUAAGCAUUCGUUUGUGGAAAGCUUUAACAAUACGUUAUCUGUCACUUGCAGCGACGAAGAAACCAUCGAUUUUCGUUUGAUGCGUUGUUUAAAAGUUAAACACGUUAAAAAUUUAGAAUUUAUCGAUUGUUACUUGGCGAAAUUUGCAGUCGAAAAAUUCGCUUUGAAUUACGCCAUCGAAAAAAUCGCUAUAAAAUACACCUUAAAAUCCGAAUAUGAAAAGUUAAUACUCGAAAGUGAAACGUUGAAUUUCGAAAGUGCAUCAUUUAAUAAUAUGUCGUCUCUGAAAGACUUAGCAAUUGUAAAUGUAAGAACUUUCGACAUAUUCAAUUUGAGUUUUUACAACGUUUCUUCUCUGAUUUCUUUGAAAAUCACGGAUUAUAAUUUUACGUCGUUUUUGCACAGACCAUUCCAACAAUUGAAAAAUCUUUCUGAAUUACAAGUGAACUCUGGUAAAUUAAAGGCUUUGCCAGAAGAACUUUUUGAUGGUCUUUAUAAUUUGAAAACCCUGAAUUUAAGUUACAACCUAAUUGAAAUCGUUCAUCCUUUCGUCUUUCGACAUCUCACUUUAUUAGAACAGUUAAAUUUGAGAGGUAACGAAAUAAAAAGUUUACCUGAAGAACUCUUUCGUGGACUUGAUAAUCUGACAUCCCUCGAUUUAAGAAACAACUUAAUUGAAUCCGUUCAUCCUUUAUUCUUUCGACAUCUAACUUUAUUGAAAGAGUUAAAUUUGGAAAAAAACCCAAUAAAAAGUUUUCCUGAAAACUUGUUGAAAGGUCUUUCGAAUUUAAGGAUACUUUCUGUUUCUGGAACAUUCUCUGAAUUGCGCUCUGUAUUUUUGAAGGGACUCGACAAUUUGACAGAAUUUCGCGCUUCUAAUUUUCCUUCACUUCAAAUCGAACAAGAUUUCUUUUCCCAUUCCAUUAACUUAGAAAAGAUGGUUUUCCAUUCCAACGAUGUGCUGCAUCUUCCAUCCAAUCUGCUCAAAAAUAAUAAAAAUCUGGAAAUUUUUCAAUACACAUGGAAUAAAUUAUCGACAGUACCAAACGGUAUUUUCGAUGGACUUUCUAAACUCAAAAAAAUCUAUUUAUGGGGAAAUGGUUUAGAAAUCAUUCCAGAAGAUACUUUCCAAGGUUUGUCGAAUCUGGAAGAACUUGAUUUAUCAUAUAAUCACUUAACACUUUUACCUAAAAAUAUUUUUCUUUCAACGAAUAAUUUACGGGUUCUCGAUCUUUCUGAAAACAAUUUUAGUAAAAUUUCUUUCGAAUUCAACAAUAAACUCGAACGACUCUAUUUGUAUAAAGCGGGUUUGACGGAAUGGCCUAAUUUAAAUUGGACAAAAUACAAUUUGACUUAUGUUUAUGCUUCAUCUAACCAUUUCGAAACUGUCAAAUUGCCGAUUUACACUCCGAACCGCAUUAAGAUGGAUUUGGAUUACUGUCACAUAAAAACCAUUUACAUCGAUGAAUGGAAAUACGGAUUUAAUACACCCAGUUAUGAAUUAAGUGAUAACCCAAUAACUUGUGAUGGAGAACUUUUGCAUUUCAUCAGCACUGUUCGAUCGAAUUUACAAAUUUCAUUACGAAUUUUUUCGGAUUUAAAAUACAAGAAAUGUCACGGAGAAGAAAGAAAAUUGUUGGAUUUUACGCAAUUCUACGUCAUUAGAAGCCAUUGUCCAAUGAACUGCGAAUGUUUCUCGGAAAACGACGACCUCAGAGUCGAUUGCAAUCGAAAGCGAAUAAAGAACAUACCGGAAUUUCUGAUCGAAAAUGCGACGGUCGUCGACUUGAGUAAUAAUUACAUAAGUGAAUUGUCAACUGUGGAUUCUCGAACAUGGGGCAAAGUCACACGUUUGCAUCUGAGCAACAAUUCUCUAUUGCAAUUUCCGGAUUGUGUUCUUUUGCCAAACGUAAAAUUUCUUUCAUUGGACGGAAACCGAUUAACCGAAUUGCCUUCCGGAUUAAUGAAUCUGAUCGACGUUUCUGCUGAAUUUACGGUGUACUUGUCGAGAAACAAUUGGUCUUGUGAUUGCCAUUCGCGAUUUACUAAAGACUGGUUGCUUCGAAACAAAAGGAAAAUUGCAGAUUUCUCGGAGAUUUCAUGCGAAAGAAAUUCGUCUGUUUUCUCUUUCACCAGAAUUAUUUCUAAUAAUCAAUGCACACAAAUCCCAGAAGAUAAUUUGAUGUCGACAGAAAAUGUUUCUUUUACAAAAAGUGUUUGUUCUGAAGAAGUUUCUUCUACUUUUGGAUGGAAAAUCGCAGUUGCUGUGUUUGCUUUAUUACUGUUGUUCAGUUGGAUUAUGUUUGCUUUUUUUGUUUAUUGUCGUAAAAAAAGAAAUGUCGAGAAAGUGGCAGAACCUAAGGAAGAAGAAGUGAUUUAUUACAAUGUUUACAACUGAGAAUUUCUCUCAAUUUAAAUGCAUGGAGUUUAAACGCUUUAAUGAAUAAUUUUCCACAAAUUGUUGUUGUUCUGUAUUCGUUUGUACAGAAAUUAAUUUUGUACACUUUAGAUAUGCUACGCUUUGUUGGUAAAUUUUGAUUGUGAAUUAUGUAGAAUAAUGUUUAUUAAUUACGUAAUAAAUCAGUGAAUUUAAAAAGAAGAGGAUUAUUUAAUUGAUUUCUUGAAUGAAAACUGACGGUAUUAUUGUUACGCUCACAGUGUAACAACACGUAGACUAUAGAGAGUUUCGAUGCCAUUGGUUUUACCUCGCAGUUGAUAACGUCACGAACAGAAGCUCCUCUACCGAACACCGAGCGUGCUUCGUCUCUAUUAACAAUGCAAAUAGUAUAGAGGGCAAAGAGUCUUGGUUUCAAAAACACUGGGAGUUCGGUCGAGGGUUCGCGCCGUACUUGGACGGGCUGGCCACGUGCAGUUUUUCGGGUUUUCUCAACGUUUGUAUCACCUAAAUAGAGCCCAAUUUCUUAUAAGUCUUCCUUAAAGGCAUCAUUCCUCCGCGCUUACGUAUCGCCGAGAAGAUAUGAGAAGCUUCGGCAUGCUCGUCGGACGCAUACGUUUAUCAUCGUUUCUUCGGAGGGGUUCUUCAACUGCAGAAUUAUAGGGCUGUAAGCUCGAUGCCAGUAU